AUGGAAGUUGAAGACAAUCUAAGUGCUGCCGUUGCCGCAAAAGCUCUUGCGUCGGCCGAAAUGGGUCGCAGACGCUCCUUCAUCGAGGCUACUGAUCGAGUUCACGCGAACCGCAAGUUGCAGAAGCAAAACGAAGAGCGUAUCCAGUACAAAGCCAGUCGAGAGCGUGCUGCACAGUUGGAGGCAGCUGUGGCCUGGACUUCUAUUCGGGAGCAAGUUGCUGUGGAAGUCCGUUCUAAAACGUUCUCUUGGCUCGACACGCGUGACGCAAAGUCCCAGAUACUAGCAGACGCGAAUCGGAUUUUCCAAACGGAUGCCAAGUGGAUUCGAGAUGAACUCGAGCGAGAUCCUGAACAUGCUUCGGCCACAAUACUUCCGACAGACUGUCGGUGGCAGGUGUUCCUGGAAGCCCCUCACGGCGUUGUCACCAGGAAACUGACCAAGGCGUUUUAUCUAAACACGGUGACGUACGAAAAGUAUUGGUGCGACGAAGUCGCUCUUGAAGAUUGUCAGAUAAUCGCUUGCGAGGCUCUCAUCCAGACGCGAAUUGACGAAGCUUUAGCUCGUCUCAACGAUAAGCAGACGGAGUGGGAACUCCAGAGACACCAGAAUAUCGCUGCGACGCGUAUUCAGAUGAUGUUUCGCUCUCGACAGGCACGGCUCGUGUGUCGUCGGAUUAUUCGGGUGACGUUCAUUAAACGGAUCGAGCCUAGCUCCGGCCUGGUCGUGUAUUUUAACCUUGCUCGACCACAUGAACUCCGACGAAAACCGCCAAGGCUUAUUGGGAGCGACGAACUGCUGAUUCCUACUGAGUCGACCACGUGGGUUUACCGCCAGGACGCUCACGGAGCAGGUUACUAUGAAAGGCUUGACACCAGAGAGUCGUCGGUGGGGCCACCUGACCACUUCAUACUCUGUGCAAGGUGCUCUGUGAAUUUUGUUAGUAGACGGAAGACAGCAACUGGUGCUCGCUACUGCAUCGGUUGUUACGCGAACAUUCGUUUUGCUGCUAGGAGAGCAACCACUAACGACCCGAGCGCUGAUGAAGAGAGUAGAUGGGCGAAGAUGCCGGUGCAACCAGCAAACUGUAUGCUGUGUCGGAACGCCUUGGCAGAUUUCAUUUGUGUGGACUGUAACCACGACGCCACUUGCUCACGGUGCUUCAAUGCGAUACACGGAAGGCCAGUGAAUAACAGAACUCAUGCCACCCCCGUACCCUUAGUAAAUCGAGCCAACGUAGUGUGGUUACGUCCGGACACAGCCAACGUUGAACAAAAGGUGGCAACCAGAUAG